AUGGAAGACGACAGCGAGUAUGAUCCUCAACUAAUCGAUGACGAAGAAGACGAGGAGAUCACGCAGGAAGAUGCGUGGACGGUCAUCUCUGCUUAUUUUGAAGAAAAAGGUUUGGUGCGUCAACAGCUCGACUCGUUCGAUGAGUUUAUCCAAAACACGAUGCAAGAAAUUGUUGACGAGUCCGCCGAAAUCGAGAUCAGGCCCGAGUCACAGCACAAUCCUGGUCACCAAUCUGACUUCGCUGAGACUAUCUAUAAGAUUAACUUUGGUCAGAUCUACCUAAGUAAACCUAUGAUGACUGAGUCGGAUGGUGAAACUGCAACUUUAUUCCCAAAAGCUGCAAGGUUGAGGAAUCUUACUUACUCUGCUCCAUUGUAUGUGGAUGUAACUAAAAGAGUUAUAAAGAAAGGGCAUGAUGGUGAAGAAAUCACUGAGACUCAAGAUUUUACCAAAGUGUUCAUUGGGAAGGUGCCUAUAAUGCUUCGUUCGAGUUAUUGCACACUAUAUCAAAAUUCAGAGAAGGAUCUGACUGAGCUUGGGGAGUGUCCAUUAGAUCAAGGUGGGUAUUUCAUUAUCAAUGGGAGUGAAAAAGUUCUAAUUGCCCAAGAGAAGAUGAGUACAAAUCAUGUCUAUGUCUUCAAAAAGAGGCAGCCAAACAAGUAUGCCUAUGUGGCAGAAGUUCGGUCCAUGGCGGACUCCCAGAACAGGCCACCAAGUACCAUGUUUGUGCGGAUGCUUUCACGGACCAGUGCCAAAGGGGGCUCUUCAGGGCAGUACAUUCGUGCUACUCUUCCAUAUAUUCGAACUGAAAUUCCUAUCAUUAUUGUAUUCCGGGCUUUGGGAUUUGUUGCUGAUAAGGACAUAUUAGAGCAUAUAUGUUAUGACUUCUCUGAUACCCAGAUGAUGGAACUGCUUCGACCUUCCUUAGAAGAAGCAUUUGUGAUUCAAAACCAGCAGGUUGCUUUAGAUUAUAUUGGUAAAAGAGGAGCUACUGUUGGUGUUACCAGAGAGAAGAGGAUUAAGUAUGCUAAAGAGAUCCUUCAAAAGGAAAUGCUUCCUCACGUUGGUAUUGGGGAGUUUUGCGAGACAAAGAAAGCUUAUUAUUUUGGGUAUAUCAUUCACCGGCUGCUUCUUUGUGCACUUGGCCGGAGGGCCGAAGAUGAUAGAGAUCAUUAUGGCAACAAGAGGCUGGACCUUGCUGGUCCUUUACUUGGAGGCCUCUUUAGGAUGCUUUUUCGGAAGUUAACCAGGGAUGUGAGAUCUUAUGUGCAGAAGUGUGUGGAUAACGGGAAGGAUGUGAACCUGCAAUUUGCUAUCAAAGCAAAAACUAUUACAAGUGGUCUUAAAUACUCACUCGCUACUGGAAAUUGGGGGCAAGCAAAUGCAGCUGGUACAAGAGCUGGAGUGUCGCAGGUGUUGAACCGUUUGACGUAUGCCUCCACUUUGUCGCACUUGCGUAGGCUCAAUUCUCCUAUAGGACGUGAAGGAAAAUUGGCAAAGCCACGUCAGUUGCAUAAUUCCCAGUGGGGAAUGAUGUGCCCAGCUGAAACACCAGAAGGACAGGCCUGUGGACUUGUAAAGAAUCUCGCCUUGAUGGUCUACAUUACUGUUGGAUCAGCUGCGUACCCUAUUCUUGAAUUUUUGGAAGAAUGGGGUACAGAGAAUUUUGAGGAAAUUUCUCCUGCAGUUAUUCCUCAAGCUACAAAAAUUUUUGUCAAUGGUUGUUGGGUUGGUGUGCAUCGGAAUCCUGAUAUGCUUGUAACAACGUUGAGACGGUUGAGAAGACGGGUUGAUGUCAACACUGAAGUUGGUGUUGUUCGAGAUAUUCGUUUAAAAGAACUUAGAAUAUAUACAGACUAUGGUCGUUGCAGUCGGCCGUUGUUCAUUGUCGAGAAGCAAAGGCUUCUAAUAAAAAAGAAAGAUAUCCAUGCACUGCAACAAAGGGAAAGCCCAGAAGAAGGUGGUUGGCAUGAUCUUGUAGCUAAGGGAUUUAUUGAAUAUAUUGACACUGAAGAAGAGGAGACAACAAUGAUUUCCAUGACCAUCAAUGAUCUUGUCCAAGCAAGAGUCAAUCCAGAGGAAGCUUAUUCGGAAACUUAUACCCAUUGUGAAAUCCAUCCUUCGUUGAUUUUGGGUGUUUGUGCUUCAAUUAUACCAUUCCCUGAUCAUAAUCAGUCCCCACGUAAUACCUAUCAAUCUGCUAUGGGUAAGCAAGCAAUGGGUAUAUAUGUCACCAACUAUCAAUUUCGAAUGGAUACAUUGGCCUAUGUUCUCUACUAUCCCCAGAAGCCACUGGUUACUACACGAGCUAUGGAACAUCUCCAUUUUCGGCAGCUACCUGCUGGCAUAAAUGCUAUUGUGGCAAUUGCCUGCUAUUCUGGAUACAACCAAGAAGAUUCUGUUAUUAUGAAUCAAUCAUCAAUAGACCGAGGGUUCUUCCGAUCACUUUUCUUCCGUUCUUACCGUGAUGAGGAGAAAAAAAUGGGGACCCUAGUCAAAGAAGAUUUUGGCCGACCAGAUAGGGCUACUACUAUGGGAAUGAGGCAUGGCUCUUAUGAUAAAUUGGAUGACGAUGGUCUUGCACCUCCUGGAACAAGAGUUUCAGGUGAGGACGUAAUCAUUGGAAAGACCACACCUAUUUCACAGGAGGAAGCACAGGGUCAAGCAUCACGCUAUUCAAAACGUGAUCACAGUAUAAGCUUACGUCACAGUGAAACAGGAAUAGUGGACCAAGUUCUACUGACAACAAAUGCUGAUGGGUUGCGAUUUGUGAAAGUAAGAGUAAGAUCCGUACGGAUUCCCCAGAUUGGAGACAAGUUUAGCAGUCGGCAUGGUCAAAAGGGAACGAUUGGCAUGACUUAUACCCAGGAAGACAUGCCUUGGACUGUGGAAGGCAUCUCACCUGAUAUCAUUGUGAAUCCACAUGCUAUUCCUUCCCGAAUGACAAUCGGUCAGCUUAUUGAGUGUAUCAUGGGGAAAGUUGCAGCUCACAUGGGCAAGGAAGGGGAUGCUACUCCGUUUACUGAUGUCACUGUGGAUAAUAUCAGCAGAGCACUUCAUAAAUGUGGGUAUCAAAUGCGUGGUUUUGAGACCAUGUAUAAUGGGCACACAGGCAGGCGGCUUACUGCUAUGAUAUUCUUGGGGCCAACAUAUUACCAAAGACUAAAGCACAUGGUCGACGAUAAGAUUCAUUCGCGUGGUCGGGGUCCUGUCCAGAUUCUAACAAGGCAGCCUGCAGAAGGACGAUCGCGUGACGGUGGUCUUCGUUUCGGAGAGAUGGAAAGAGAUUGCAUGAUUGCACAUGGUGCUGCCCAUUUCCUCAAGGAGAGAUUGUUUGACCAAAGUGAUGCAUACAGAGUCCACGUUUGUGAGCGGUGUGGGUUGAUCGCCAUCGCCAAUCUAAAGAAAAAUUCGUUCGAGUGCAGAGGAUGCAAGAAUAAAACCGAUAUUGUUCAGGUGCACAUUCCUUAUGCCUGUAAACUGCUUUUCCAAGAGCUAAUGGCAAUGGCAAUUGCUCCGAGAAUGCUUACAAAGGAACCACCUAAAGACCAAAAGAAGAAGGGAGCGUGAGAUGUACGUGGUUGAAGUCCGGUCAGCUUUGUCUCUCUUCAUUUAGAAUCCCCGAUAUAAACACAGUGGAGAUUCUCAGUAAUCUUAUGAAUUUUAUUUGAUUUUUUUAUUGCCGACGCUUGCUGAUGGACACACGAGUGUUCCUUGUAUUGUACUAUGAAUUGUAUGGUGGAAUAGUCAUGUGAGAGUGGUUUGAAUCU